CAACAAUUGUUAGUCCUCGUCUCGCCCCCUAUCCACCAGUCUCAUUAUUGACUACCUCACCUCUUAGCGAUAAUAAUGUUUUCAGGUAGCCUGAUCCGGUCCGCGGUUGGGACCUCCAGAAGUCAAGCCACGUCCCUUCUGAAGACUGACGCUGCAUCGCGGUUGGUCUCAGCGAGCAAGCACCAAUGGAGAGGAGCAUGCCCUCGUACCCUGAUUGGGAGUAGAAGGUGGAUUUCAGUCUACGGCUAUACGCAAUCUAAGGCACUUAUCUACUCACGAUACGGAGAACCGAAGGACGUUCUGCAGCUUCACAAGCACUCUAUUUCCCCCCCUCAUGGCACUCAGGUCAAUCUUCGCCUUCUUGCUGCGCCGCUAAAUCCUGCCGAUGUAAACCAGAUCCAGGGUGUAUACCCGAGCAAGCCACCCUUUCAAACAACCCUCGGUACGCAGGAACCAUCCGCUGUCGCCGGAAAUGAGGGCGCUUUCGAAGUCAUUGCUACGGGCUCUGGAGCCAAAAACCUCAGCAAGGGUGACUGGGUUGUCAUGAAACAAACUGGGCAAGGCACUUGGCGCACACACGCUCAGAUGGACGAGUCGCAGUUGAUCAAGGUUGAGAACAAAGAGGGGCUGACUCCGCUUCAAAUCAGUACUGUUAGCGUCAAUCCAGUAACAGCUUACCGCAUGAUUAAAGACUUUUGCAACUGGGACUGGAUGCGUGCAGGAGAGGAAUGGUUGAUCCAAAACGGAGCAAACAGCGGCGUUGGACGCGCUACUAUUCAACUUGCGCGAGAGUGGGGUAUCAAGACCAUCAACGUUGUUCGGGAACGGAAGACUCCGGAAGAGACGGAAGCCCUGAAGGAGGAACUCCGAGAUCUAGGUGCAACCGCGGUGGUCACGGAGACCGAGUUGCUGUCGGGCGAAUUCAGAAACAUCGUGCACGAACUCACACGCAAGGGGAAGGAGCCCAUUCGACUGGCACUAAAUUGCGUUGGUGGGAAAAGUGCCACAGCUCUGGCCAAAACUCUUGCCCCAGGCUCGCAUCUGGUCACCUAUGGCGCCAUGUCAAAGCAGCCGGUUUCCCUGCCGUCGGGACUGUUGAUUUUCAAGAACCUUGUCUUCGAUGGCUUCUGGGUUAGCAAAUGGGGGGAUAAAAACCCACAGCUAAAGGAGAAUACCAUCAAUGAUGUGCUGCAGUUGACACGGGCUGGUAGAUUCAAGGAUAUUCCCGUUGAGGAAUUGGAAUGGAGCUGGGACACGGAGGGUUCGGAGCUUACAGCCGGUGUGCAGGAAACCCUUAGCGGUUACCGGGGCGGCAAGGGCCUACUCAAGUACGAGGGCCAGGAUUGAGCGGCGUUGAGACUAGACUUCCGACUCGGAAAGUCCAUGCCAGUACAGUAACCCUCAAAAAGGAUGUGAAAAGCUUGGCUGAUGGAUAUCUAUUACCUACUUACCCAUAGUCCUUCUCACCAGUUAGAGAAGAGACCUAACAUCUAACUAUCUAAGCAUAGACCAUUGCCAUCUUGCUGUGUGCGAAAGACCAAACAACUCGUCUAAGAGAAUAAAAUCCAGUGACCCCCCAUCAGACGAUCCAAGCCCAUAUACCAGUUACGAAGUGUGAGGCAAUUGGAACGGGCCGUCUCAAGCCUCAUCACAUGCCCAGUUAUCUUUUAUCCAGUCCGAUAUCAAAGUAGUUAACGUUGUAGACGGCAUAUAGACGUCACUAUCAUGCGUGAAAUCAACAGUCAGUCCCGCGAACGUAGCCGCCAUAGCCACGUCGGACUCUAUGAAAUCGAUAUAGACAA